AUGUGCAGGAGGGGGUCUAGGGGUUCCGAUCUCGUUCUGUGGCUGUCAGCACAUGCUGCAUCACUUGCGGAAAAGGACAUCCUCCGCGGGGGCGAUAUCUUUGACCAGGGCUUUGACCAUCCCAACGCGACGUUCUUCCGCCAUUGGAUCUUUGGCGCGUUGUGCAAGUCGAAGCGCAUGGGGCUGGAGACGCGCUUCAGCACGGGCGGAUUCGACAGCGAUGAGGAAGAGCAGGGAUGGACAAUGGAGUCCGUCUGCAAGGAGGUCGAUGUCGAGCAGCCGAUGGAGAUCGUCGCGCCGUUGCCCUACAUGGUGCCGCGGAAUGUGUAUUGUUUGCCGCGGCUGCCCUUGAACACGAGCGACAAGACGGACCACAAGUUGAUCAAGCUGCGCAUGGAGGAGCUGAUCAGGGACGCCAAGUUCCCAUCCAGAGCGACGACACCCGUCAGCACGAGCUCUGACGAAGACGACCUGAGCUCUCGAGGAUUCCAGCCGCAGCUCGACCUUGGCAGAUUCGACCAUGCUCCAAGCCGACGAGUCGGUGUCGCAUCAGGAACUGACCAACGUCUGGAUCGAACUACUGGAGCUGAAAUCGGCGCCUUCUGGGAAGAGCAGCUUCUUCGAUCUCGCUUGCUCGCGCAGACGCUCAUCGAGAAGGUGAGGGGGCAACUCCCGUCGGGAUCGUCGUUGGUGUCUGUUCUCGACCUUUUCACCUACCCGUGCUUGGACGACUUUAUUCCGUUUGUCCAAAGUCGUGCUCCUGCCAAGGUCACAGCUCCCAGAGUGAAGGGCCCUCGGAUGUCCAGGCAGUCCUCGACCAAGUCACUCGCACCAGCCAGCCAGGUGGAUACCCCUGACGAAUAUCUGGAAGUCGGUCUUGCAACUGGAUCGGGAGGCCAAGGAUGUGAGCUUCUUUGAUACGGGCAGAAACAGUCUGCUGAUGACGGCGUUGCAUAAGUCCAUCGUCCGGUCCUGGCCCGGUUGCGGAGUGCAGCUGAUCGACCUGUUCCAAAACGCGACGAUCCAGAGCCAAGCUGAGCUGAUCGCAGUGCCGUCGCCCGUGCACAGCACCGCACCGUCUUUGAAAGCGCGCAAGAAGAGAGCGAAUGCCACUGGCAAGAAGGAGCGAGUCGCAAGCAGGGAGUCCGCCGGCCCAGAAG